CGUUCAUUCUAACAUUUCCGAUUUUGAAGAAAUCGCAGACCUAGAACUGUUUUUUGGAAUGUUAUACGCAUGCGUUACUUUCAUGUUAUUUCAAACAACAUUAAAGUUUUGAAACCUCGUGGCGCACGUAAUAAAUAUAAAUUCAACUUAUUUUCAAUACAUUUUCCUAAUUCGGGUAUUUAUUCUUGACUGUGAAAUGAAUGAAGAUAGUUGUUCACUUGAAUUAGAACUUCCACAAGAAACAAUGAUGGCAGUUGACUCUACUCUUUCUGUUGAAAAGCAUUUUUUUGCCACAUAUGCCGAUGUUUGUGCAAAAAUUAAAGAGCAUGAAAUGUUGCACACAUUGCAUUAUGUUGUAACUUGCUCAGGAACCAUGGAAAAUAACUUUGAAGAAUUAUUAAAAAAAAAACAUAAAGUGUUUUACGAGGACAAGGAAUUUCCAUACACUGGAGUACCAUUUAUUGUAUCAGCUCUAACAAAACUUGACUGUCAACAUGGAAAAGACAGAAAUAUUAAAGCAAAAGCUCAAUACAGACAAAUGAGAAAUAAAAAAGCUAAUAUUGAUCAUUACUGUCAAAAAAGUAGAGUUAUUCUUCAGGAUACUAAAAAGUUUGAUUGUCCUGCCAUUGUGUAUAUAAAAGAAAUUGUAGAGUUUCCAGAGUUUAAGCUUUUAAGAAAUUCUUUAUGGUUAAGAAAUGAAACAUCUAAAAAACUCCGUGUAUCCUUAGCUAAGUCAGAAAAUGUACAUAAGUCCAGAAAGUAUAUUUUAUUAUUGCCUGAUAUUUCUGUUCAUAGGAACCAUCCAGUUGGUGAGACUGCAGGAAUCAAUCAAUCUAUUUCUGAUGAUCUCAUAGUAAAAAUUGGUGACCUGGUAAAAAAGGGUGUCAAUACUAUUUCUGAAAUGAGGCGACAUCUAGAGUUUUUUGUUCAUGGAGAAAUUACUUCUGACAAACCACAAAAGACAAACAAACGUUUCUUUCCAAUGGAUAAGACAAUUCGAAAUCAUAUGCUCAAUGCAAGAAGAAAACUUCGUAGAUCUAUGAUAGAUCAAGAAUGUUUGCUUGAAAAAAUUAGUGAAUGGAAAAUAGUCUUUCAUGAGGCAAUGAUAAAAUUUAGACCAAAAGGUGUCAACAUCAUUGAUAAUAUUGAUUCAAAGCUUAAGGAUUCAUUAUUGUUCGUAUAUCAAGACAUGUGGCAGAAAAGAUUACUCUUACGGUAUGGACCUGAACUAGUUUUUCUUGAUGCAACAUAUCGCACAACUAGAUACGCUCUUCCACUAUUCUUUCUGGUUGUUAAAACUAAUAUUGAUUACCAGGUUGUUGCCAUUUUUGUGUGUGAGAAUGAGACCACAGACGCCAUCACAGAAGCAUUAAUGUGCAUUAAGGAAUGGAACCCUAAAUUUCAACCAAAAUAUUUCUUAACUGAUUAUUCAAAUGAAGAAAUAAACUCAUUAGAAUCAGUGUUUCCAGGGUGUUCUGUUUUAAUUUGUGACUUUCAUCGAGAGCAAUCUUGGGAACGAUGGCUUUCUAAAACUGCUAAUGGUUGUUAUAUGGUAAAAGAUGCAAUUAAGUUAAAACUACAUCAAAUUGCUCAUGCUAAAACAGAAGAAGUUUGCCAAAAUGCUGUUAAUUCAUUAAAAGAAUCAGAAGAGUGGAAAAAUAACCCAAAACUAGCUGAUUACUUAAAUAGCACUUGGUUAUGUAAUCAAAAGAGAUGGGUGUUUGCCUACAGGCGACAACGCUUAUUGCGGAGUAUCAAUACUAAUAAUGGCACUGAAAGACAAAACCAAUCUUUUAAAUAUAGUUUUUUGGAAAAACGGAAAACAUCAUCUCUCACAGCUAUGCUUUGUAUUUGUAUUGAGGAAUUCCUUCCUCACAAUUACGACAACUAUGCAGAUAAAAAUAGAAGAACACAUUCAUCCUAUAGAAAAUAUAAAGAAAACAUUCCAACCUAUUUGACAAAUCGUCCAAAACCUUUAGUAAAACAUUGCAUGAAUAUGAUAGAUAAAGUAAAUGGUGUGGACUCAAUCAGAAUUAGUGCAGUAACAAACAGAUUGUACAAUGUAGCCUCAUUUCAGUCUAAUAGCAGAGAAACUUACCAAUGCUAUCUUGGUGAUGCUGAUCAUUUGCCAAGUUGUACUUGCUCUUCUUGGCUAUUUAGUGCUUAUCCAUGCAAACAUUUUUUUUCCAUUUUUCUCAAGUUCAAUCUUUCCUGGUCUGAUUUUGAUCCAUCUUAUGGAAGUUCACCAUAUUUUAUCAUUGAUCCCUUAUCAGAUGAAAAUAAUCAUUCAACAACGUUUCAUUUUACACGUUUGCCUACUGAAGAUAUAUCUGAAAAUAUCAAUGAGAAGCCUCUUGAUGAUGCCAAACCUUGGGAAGUGUCUAAAUAUAAUCUUCAGGCAGUCAAAAGUGUUCAUUCCAUAAAUAGUAAAGUCUUGUACUUUGAUCAAAGUAAAGAACAUGGUCAAUCACAAGUAAGUCACACUCCUGCUGCAUGUCGCGAACUUUUAAAUGCAAUAAUAAACAUGACACAUUUGAGUGACUCUCAACCAGCAAUAAACAAUUUGUUUCAAGAACUUCAUAAACUUAAAACAAGUUUUGGAGAAACUCUUAAAAGAGAGCAAGGUGUUAUUUUGUGUCCGGACCUAAAACCUGAAACUUGGAUUAAAUCUAAUUUACCAAGUCUUGUUAAUCUUCCCGUAAGACGCAAAAGGAAGUUGACCAAAAGAGUUGGUAUAAAACACGACAUCACUAAGGCAGCUUUAAAUAUCAAUGUGACACCAAAUGUAAAUAAUGAAUGUUGUAGUUCAGAAAUUUUUACUGAUGUUAUUGAUGAUAAUUGUGAAACAUUUACAGUUUCCAUGGAAUCAAUUGAAGUGACAGGAGAAGCAUUUGAUAAUUGCCAAGAAUUCCACAAAGUCAACAUAGUUAAUGAUAAUGACAAACUUCAAAGCACUGUGCACUGCAUUCAGAAUCUUAAAUGCUCCUUGAUCCAAAAUGUUGAAAAAAAUGACAUAGUUAAAGGAGAAAUGCUAAACGAUAAUGUCAUACACUUUUGUCAACGAAUGAUGUCAAUUCAAUUUAACAUUGAUGUUGGUCUUCAAGAUCCCAUUAAAGGAAAGGUUAUGUCUUUUGAUCCUUGUCCUAGCAAACCUUUUGUACAAAUUCUUCAUGAUGGAAAUAUACAUUGGGUUUGCAUUACAACUUAUGAUUGCAAGCCUGGAGAAAUCUAUAUUUUCGACAGUCUUUUUCAUGGUUUAAUAAGUAUUGAGACUAAAAGACAAAUAUGCUCCAUCUUACACUGUUCACAAAAAAAAAUUGUUAUUAAAGUUUUACCUGUACAACAGCAAACAAAUGGGGUAGAUUGUGGGCUUUAUGCUAUUGCUUGGGCACGCCAGGUACUAGAAACAAAUGGUAUUCCACCAAGUACUCAUAUGUUUGAGCAAAAUGAAAUGAGGAAUCAUCUUUUAAACUGUAUACUAAAUAACCAGUUAGAUGUUUUUCCAAAAGCAAUUACCCCAACUAUGUUUAGAAGAUGCACAGCAAAGAGUUUUCAUAUUCCUCUACAUUGUUCCUGUCGCAUGUUUUGGACCCAAAAAGAUGAGCAUAUUUUUAAUAGACAAAUGGCACAAUGUUUUACUUGUAACAAAUGGUUUCAUCGUGAAUGCGAAAGUAUUCCACUGUGUGCAUAUGAGAAAAAAGAUGUUAUCUGGAACUGUCAUGACUGCCAGAUGCAAAUAACAGAAAGCUGAAGUUUUUCUGUUUCCAGUUAAGGGUUUGCAAAAAAAAAAAUUUUUUCUUGUAUAGUCAGUUAUGAAUGGAUAAAAAAUUUUCAAAAAUAAAAAGACAACUAAAAUCGGUCCUUCAACCGUUACACUAAAAGUUGGGUUUUGAAAUAUUGGAAAGGUAACCUGUGAUAUUUAACUGUGAAAAGGUAACAACUUUUAAAAAUAUGAUCAAUUUGUUUGUGUGAUGGUAAGUUUAUUUGCAAUCUUGCGUGUAAUAUUAAUAUUGUAAAUGAUUAUUUGGUAAAUGUAAAUGAUAUAUGUUUUUAUUAUAAAAUGUUUAUUUUUCAUUACAACUCAAUGAAGAAAAUUAUGCUAGUAAUGUUGCUACUGGGUAUCUUUUUGCAUAUAGUUUAUUAACGGUAACAAAAAUGAAAUGAUACUGG